UGUGGGUGUGGAGUUUUGCACUGAGCCAGAUGACUACACAAAUAAUGGACUAGGAUUUAGUUUUACUCUUUAAGUUUAUUAGUUUUAUCGCUUAGUAACCUCUUGUAUCUGUGUUGCCGAGCCGAGGCUGGGAUGCUGGGUCAGGAUGGGAAACUUAUUCGGGAAAAAGAAACGCACAAGAGUGACAGAACAAGACAAAGCUGUGUUGCAACUGAAGCAGCAAAGAGAUAAACUCAGGCUGUAUCAGAAGAGGAUCAACCUCCAACUGGAAAAAGAGAGGACUUUAGCCAAACAGCUACUAAAGGAUGGAAAGAAAAAUAAAGCCCUUUUGCUGCUGAAGAAGAAGCGAUACCAGGAGCAGCUCUUGGACAAAACGGAAAACCAGAUCAGUAAUUUGGAGCAAAUGGUUCAGGAUCUGGAGUUCGCUCAGAUUGAAAUGAAGGUUCUUGAAGGACUCAAAGUUGGAAAUGAAUGUCUAAAGAAAAUGCACGAGGUUAUGUCCAUUGAAGAAGUAGAGCGUAUUAUGGAUGAGACCCAAGACGGGAUUGAGUACCAAAGGCAAAUAGAUGAGAUGUUGGCCGGAUCUCUGACGCAGGAGGAUGAAGAUGACAUUUUAGCAGAACUGGAUGCCAUUACUCAGGAAGAUGUUGAGCUUCCUGAAGUGCCCUCAGAUGAACUCCCAGAAGUCCCAGCAGCCAAAGAAGAAAGACCAGAGCGGGAAAAAUCCAGGAAGAAGCCAGAACGUGAGCUGCUGGCUGCUUAGAGGCGGUACUAAAUCUUGUAUUUGGUUUUCUAAAAUUGAACUGUCAAAGUCGACUGCUCAAUGUGGAAUUUUUGAUUUCCAAUGGACUUUUAAUGGAAAAAAAAAUCUCAUUUGAAGAUCUGUGACUUCACUUAAUGUGCCUAUCUUCAUUUUAAUCACUGUAUAACAUCAAAUCCUGUCUCAUUUUCAUCGCCUUUUUUUUUGUUUUCUUAUUUUGAAUUUCACUAAUAAAUCUGAAAAUGUAAUUCAAUUCAUUAGUGAAAUUUUAAUAACUGAAUUGCAAAAAUAAAUCAGCUUUUACCAUUUUAACAGUUUGGAGAUUAUCGAAAAGUAUUUUUUUUGUCUUUACUGUACUAAAAUCUGCAGCUAAUCUGAUUUUUAUCCUAGCAUAAAGCAGGGCCAGUCUUAACCUUAAACCAGGACUAAACCAGGACUAAACCAGUUCCCAAACUUUUGCUAAACUUUUUCCUCUUCAAAUCUUGCCUAUAUCUAAACCACAUUAAUUUCUAUUUGUAAGUCCUUCCUAACUUCUAAUUGUCCUGAUUCAUGUUUUUGUCUCGAGAAGGAAUCACGUGUGCCAAUAAUCUUUUAUAAAUAUAUUUAUAUUGGACAGAGGAUUUUUCUUCUUUUUCUGUUUUGUCAUAAUUUCCAUAUAAAGCUGAUGUUGUUCCUUUAUUUUUAAGCUUCUAUAUUACACAAAAUGGACUCGUGUGAUCUUUAAACCGUGUUAUAAUGUUGUUACCUCCUCAAAAACAGACCUGGAGUUGUGUUUUGUUUCAUUCACCCAUGUUUGAGUCACACUUUUUAGUCUGUCUACAAACAUCAAAAUACUCUGUUCCACCUUAUGAUGUCAUGAAGUGGUAGUUUUCAAGUUAACAGCUCCUUUUACCUUUAGAAGGGGACUAAAAUCAUCCAAGUGAUUCUAGUGAAGCUGUAUGGAGUUUAAAAACACAGUGGAGCACUUCCUGCAUUACCACAUGACAUCACAAGGUGGAACAGAGUGUUUUUGAGUUUGAGCGAAGCCAAAAUAUGCAGGUUUGUGUGUUAAACGUGUGAAUGAAACAAAACAACUCCAGGUCUGUUUGCGAUGAGGAAACAUUAUAACAUAGAUCAGAAAAUUGUGUAACAUGGGCCCUUUAAUAGAUUCUUUUUUCAGAUCAAGGUUUAGUUUGUCUUCCUCAGAGUGGUCACAUGAUGCUGCGUAAUCGAAAUAUGGAAACGUGCCCAUGGAACUUUAAACCGAGAUGAGGGGCCUUUUUACUCUCUCACACCUGGGAUACUGUCGGACUGCAGAUGGCGCUGUUGUCCUGUCUCCACCGAAAGGAAGACGGUGCCAAAACCUGUUUAAAUCAGCUGACCAGACACGUCACUGUAACAUCACGUGACCACUCUGAGGCGCUAGUGAGCAGUCGAAACAGGUAUAAGGAACAAACUAAACCUUGGUCUGGAAAUGGAAUGUAUUAAAAUAAAUGAAUGAAAGACCAGAUGAACCUCAUUGGACUGAUGUUGUUCCUGGAGUUGAUAUAAAAAUGGAUACAUGUAAAAUCUUGGGACUUCCCUGCUAAGUGCUAUGCUGCUAAUUAAAGGCUUUUGCUAACUUUCAGACACAGGUUAUUACCUAAAACGUAUUAUGUUUACUCAUCAUUUUUGGCUAACAGCACUGUGUAUAUCCGCAUACAUCACUUUUCAAUAAAAUGGUUUCAUAAC